UAAGUAUAAAACUUCAAUAAGAAUUAUAAUAUUUUAACGUAAAAUAAAUAAAUAACUUGAUGAAGAAGAUGAAGACUAAGCACUACUGUUGCAUCCCCAAUUGUCCAACGUAUGAUACCCUUGACAAAUUUCUUCGAUUCCCCCUUGACGUGGAAUGGCGAACGAGAUGGAUAAAAGCGAUCCCGGUAAAAAAUUGGGUUAUAGAUUACGGUACCAUUAUAUGCGUACACCAUUUCAAAAAUAGUGAUCUGGCAAUGUACACCAAACUCUUGAACGGUACCUCUGGCAAAUCCGUUAUCACUAGAUCUUCAACACCUCUUAUCAAACAUGGUGCACUUCCGUCGAAAUUUGACAACUUAAUAAACACCUCGGAACCGUCAGAAGAAGUUUUCAAAUUCCGUGACGUUUUCGAGCUGUCUUACAGAGAUCAUAGUCCGGAAACUUUCGGGGACGUCGAAGGAGUCGAUAUUAACGACUUUUUAAUCGAUUAUUACUACGUAAAGCAAGUCUUCGAGGUGAAAUUAAAAAAUGUACUUGGCGAGUGGAAAAUUCAAAAUGGUCAAGAUUAUUUAAUGUUUUAUACUGUUGGUAACUUUGAUAUACCCCAAAUAGUAUCUUCUAUUAAAAUUGACACGAACCUUUGUGUUACCGUGUGUUUAAAUGGAAGGGAAAUGGACCCAGCUGAUCUUACAUGGGCUGUACCCUUAACAAGAAAAAUUAACCGAUGGUCUCAGCUAACUCAACUUUUGAACUUGUUUGGAAGAUGAACUUUUUACUAUAGUUAAUUCGAAUUUAGGUUUUGUUGCUUUUUUAAA